AUGGCAUCCCCUCGCAUUACAUUUUACUACGACAUCGGAAGCCCCUUUAGUUAUAUUGGGCUGUACGUCUUGAAGAACUCUCCCGUUUUUUCCAAGUGCCAAAUCGACUACGUUCCAGUAUUGCUCCGCGAUCUGUUCCAAAAAUGCCAGAAUACUCCACCACUAGCAGUAAAAAACAAGCUGCAGUGGAUUCAGCGGGAGCGGCUGUACUGGAGCCACCGAUUUGGCGUUCCGGUGACUGAGGCCGUGCCUGAAGGAUUCCCAACCUCCACUAUCGAUAUCCAGACCGCACUAUGCUUGAUUGACGAAGAAGUACCAGAGAAACUUUUGGAAAUCUCCGCAAGGUUCUAUCAUGUCUUCUGGGCCGAAGGAGACACAAAGAUAACUACUCCGGAGCGAUUCUUGGCCGUCAUUGAGAACGAGACAACUCCAGAAAUUAGAAAUCACAUCAAGGAUAAGUUAGCUAGUCCAGACGCAAAAGAGUUGCCGCUCAACAACACCCAGCGAGCUUUCGAUUCCGGAGCCUUUGGGCUGCCAUGGUUUGAAUGUGCCAAUGCCGAAGGCAGCAAGGAAGGUUUCUGGGGUAUAGACCACUUGGGUCGCAUGGCAGACUUCUUACAGCUGGAUACCAGUCUUGACCGGGGUUUUCGGGUUUUAAUGUAA